CAUAAAACAGUUGUACCAAUGGAAAGUUUUCAAAAAUAUGAACCAUCAACCAAUUGAAAAAAUAAAUAAGCCUUUUAUUAGAUCAGUUAUGAUGUAGCAUAAAUGUAUGAUAAUAAUUGAAUAUUAUAUUUUCUUAUUUGACAAUUUUUAUAUGUCUAGUUAUUUUCCAUGAAAUUUUUGUUAUAUGAAUUUUUUUAAUAUAUGGACAACCUGUUGGCAACACUGGUUUACUGUUGGCAAAAGACUACGGCCUAAAAGGAUAUUUGUUUAAUAUUUUUUUCUAGAAAUUAAGGUUUCCUGGAGUAUUAAGUUGGAUUUAUUUUAACAUUUUUGUUCAAUUAAACCAUACAGGUGUGCCAAUUAAAAAAUGUCUCAUCAUAGUGAUGACAACAUGCUCAUAGCCACCAGCGAUUCAUUUUGGGAACCUGGUAAUUAUAAGAAAACAACAAAACGCAUUGAAGAUGGUUACAAACUUUGCCAAGAACUGAUGUCAUUAGUAAAUGAAAGGGCAGAGAUUGAAAGAAAUUAUGCUAAAGCAAUGAAAGCGUGGUCAAAAAAAUGGAAUGACUCCAUUGAAAAAGGACCCGAGUAUGGUACCACAGAAGCAGCUUGGAAGGGAGUUCUCGUUGAAGCAGAUAGAAGAUGUGAUCUUCAUUGGCGGAUCAGAGAUAAUUUAGCUAAUGAUAUAAUUAAUAAAAUAAAGCAGUGGCAGAAAGUUAAUUAUCAUAAGUCUGUGAUGAACAUAAAAGAGAAAAAAGAUAUGGACGAUACAUUCAAAAAGGCCCAAAAGCCAUGGACAAAACUCUUACAAAAAGUUGAAAAGUGUAAAACUGACUAUCAUACAGCUUGUAAAACAGAAAAAUCUGCAGCUAAUCAAGAGCGAAAUGCGACAGGAGAUACAUCAUUUUCGGCUGAUCAGGUGAAAAAAAUGCAAGAUAGAGUUCAAAAAUCAAAAGAAGAAGUUCAGAAAUGUCGAGAAAAAUACGAAUUAGCUCUUCAGGAAAUAAAUCAAUACAAUCCGAAAUAUAUGGAAGACAUGACAGUUGUAUUCGAUAAAUGCCAAGAAAUGGAAGCUCAGCGACUCAAUUUUAUUAAAGCAACUUUAUUCGAAAUGCAUAAGUACCUUAAUUUGUCCCAAGAUCCUACAUUAACCCAAAUAUAUGAAGAAUUUUAUCACACGAUAAAUAAUGCAGAUUAUGAAAAGGAUUUAAAAUGGUGGUCAAAUAAUCAUGGAGUAAAUAUGGCCAUGAACUGGCCUCAAUUCGAGGAUUAUGCUGAGGAGUUUCGGGACAUCCACAAGGGAAAAUCUAAAGACUCUUCUCCUUCAGGAAUCACUUUAAUCCACCAACGUCCAGUUGGAGAAGAUUUGCAUGAUCAAUCUUCCACUCAGCAAUCAAUUAAGAAACAAGUACCAAAUAAACAACAAAAUCCAGUACCGCCUCCUCAAGAAAAACAUCUCAAAACAAAUGAAGAAGAAAACGAUAGUCCCAAUAGAAUGUCCACAAUAACAAAUGGUUCAACAAACAAAGUUAAUGAAUCAAAUCCAUUUGAUGAAGACGAUUGGGAUGAAAAUGAUGCAUUAGUAGAUCAUGGAGAACCUGGCGUACCUGUUAAAGCUUUAUAUGAUUAUGAUGGAGCAGAAAAUGACGAGCUUAGCUUUAAAACAGGUGACGUUUUCGAGAAAUUGGAAGAUGAAGAUGAACAGGGUUGGUGUAAAGGAAGGAAAGAUGGUCGCGUGGGUCUUUACCCAGCUAAUUAUGUUGACGUUCUAUCACAUUAAUAAAAAUAAAUCAUAAGUAUUAAUAAUGUUAAAAUGUUAUAAAUUAUUGUUAUUUUUUUAGGUUUAGGUUAAUAUACUCAUAUACGUACCUAUCGUAAUAAAUUGUGUAUUUAUUUUGUCA